GAAGGAGGGUGGGAUCCCUGACGGUGAGGAUCCCCUCUGGUUAAACUGGGAGGGGGGUCAUGGGACUGGGAGCAGGAAGGCUCCCUUCCUUGCUGCCUGAAACCCUUUCCUAGGAUUUUGGAACGGAUUCCUUUUUAUAGGCCAGCCAAAAAAGGAAGAAAAAAAGGACAUGAGGAGGGCGGAUUGCGGAAGGACGAAAGGGAUUUCAUGAAGAUCUGUCCUGUCCCCCCCUCCCCCAAAUCUGAUACUUUCGAGGAUCGGGGAGGGUAAGAGUUGUGUAGAGGGAAGGGGGUAGGGAGAUUGCAAGAGUGGAAAUUUUGGAAACCCCCCACCCAAGAUCAGGAGUCCUGCAGUCAGCAGGGAUUUGGGGAGAUAUGGUCCAAAGUGGGGGUGGGGCUGAGGUGUGGGCUGGUGAGGUUUAAGGGAGGUCUCCAAGGAGAGAUCAGGAGGAGGAGAAGAUGAUGAUGAUGAGGUGGCCCAUCGGGCUGGCUAGCAGGAGAGGUUCUACAGGAUGCCCUCUCAUGCCGAAUUAAUGGCAAAGGAGACGAGUCUAGCAAAAGCAUCCGAAAUGGGUGCCUUGGGCGUGGAUGGCCUGGUUCUGAAAUGCCCUUGCUCCGGAUGGGAUCCGUCCCAUGUUCUCCAUAAAAACGGCACUCUGAAUAAAAAGAAAAGCCGGAAGCACCAGCGUUUUACGGCACGCCGGGCCCUGGAGCAGAAAAAUCAGCUGAACCACCGUCCAGGAGAGAAGAUCCUGAUGAACAUGGAAGGUGCCUCUAAAGUGAGCCGAAUCCAGGGCUCCGUGCAGUGGAAGGGAACUCAGAAUCGUCAGCCUCUCGAGGAGGGUUCAAGGAAGGCUCCGAAGAAGCUUGACACCCAGUCUCCAGCGCCACCGGUCCUUUCAGGGGAACCAGCCCAAGAUGCUGCGUCUUUGCAAGAUUUCCAGGAUCGGGUGGCCUCGCCCGGCCGCUCUGCGACAGGUUUGGGCCCCUCGUCUUGCCCAACAAGGUUGAGAAAACCUAAGAAAUGUGUGGCCAUUGACUGUGAAAUGGUCGGUACGGGUCCUUCCGGGAGAACAAGCGAAUUAGCCCGGUGCACGGUGGUGAAUUACGACGGGGAUGUGAUCUAUGACAAAUAUGUCCUUCCGGAGCUUCCGGUGGUAGAUUACCGGACUCGGUGGAGCGGGAUCACCCGGCGGGACUUGCAAACGGCCUGUCCUUUCAGGGUGGCCCAAGGCGAGAUUCUACAGAUCCUAAGAGACAAAAUUGUGGUGGGACACGCCAUCCACAAUGACUUCCGAGCCUUAAGAUAUUUCCACCCUCGACCUUGGACCCGCGACACAAGCCAGUGUCCCCUGCUGAGUCAGAAGAUGGGGCUCAAGGUGAAAGACAGUGUCUCCCUCAAGAACUUGGCUAGUCAGCUGCUGAAGAAAAAGAUACAGGUUAGCAAGCAUGGUCAUUCAUCCGUCGAAGACGCUCAGACUUCUAUGGAGCUUUACAGGUUGGUGGAGGUACCGUGGGAAGAGAUGUUGGCUUCCAGCCUCUCCUCCUACCCUCCAGACAGUGACACCGAUAGUGACUGUUAUAUGGACGAUCAGUACUGGCCCGAGGACCUUGACAUAGAUUGCAAAUAAAGAUCCAUGCUCGGCUCUGGA